AUGGAUUGGGAUAGUCUAUUCUUUAACACAGCAGCGUUGAUUGCCGGGGUCUUUGUCCUUGACUAUGGUGCAGACAAAUUUAUCGAUCACACUGUGAUCAUAGGACAGCGACUGGGCAUCUCACCGACUCUUAUUGCCCUUUUGACUGCUGGAGCUGAAUAUGAAGAGCUCGCUGUCGUUAUCGCUGCAAUCCUAGAAGGCCGCACUCCUUUAGCCCUGGGCAAUGUUAUGGGAUCUGCAAUUUCCAAUAUCCUCGGUGCCUUUUCGCUGGGGCUUUUAUGUUAUCCGGGCCAGGGCCCUUUUGAUAGCAGUGCGAAGAUAUACUCUGCGCUCCAAUUCUUUGUCACUACUCUUUUCGUCAUCUUGGCAUAUUUUCAGCAACUAAAUAGAGUUACCGGCGGCCUUCUCAUUGCUCUCUUCGCACUCUAUAUCAUGUCUAUUUGCUAUACCAUCUAUAGAGGUAUCAGUGAACCAUCUCAGCUGCCAGAUAGUGAAAGCGACGAUGAAUCAACCGUUGUUUGCGCUGAACAAACACCAGGGCAAAGUGCCGGACCGUCAGCUUCAGAGGCUUCUCCUCUGUUAAUAAAUACGAAUACGACGCAGGAAGUAGCGAGUGCACCCGUGGAUAAGGGCAAAAAGCUUCCGCAACCGCUUUAUCAUCAUGUUCUCCAGCUUAUUUUUGGACUGCUCGCACUCUCGUUGUCGGGAUAUAUUCUUGCCCGGAGCGCAGGCACUAUCGCUGAUUCUCUCCAUCUGUCAGGAACUGUCUUUGGCUUGACCGUGAUCGCUUUUGCCACAACCCUGCCAGAAAAGUUAAUUGCUAUGCUCAGCGGCUUUCGUGGACAAGGAGGCAUAAUUGUUGCAACCACAGCAGGGAGUAAUAUCUUCCUGCUAACGCUAUGUGCCGGUAUUGUCGCGGUGACGGGAAACCCCUCGAUCGGUCAGAUACCUUUAUUCUGUUUGAUCUAG